ACAUUUUCCCUACCAGCUCAAAUAUGGCGGCAAGGAGCUGAUGAAAACACUCUUUCUAUUGUGCAAGCGAACUUUUUCCCGUCUGGCAGCCGAAUCCCCGGACACAUUCCAGCCAAAUUCGACCAGCAGAAGCGCAUGAGCACCGUCUUUCUACCGACAAGGAUUCUAGCUCGCAAUUUCGCCGGAAUUUCCAGAAAAAUGGCCAAAAUCAUCAAGCUCGACGAUGACAUGAUCGAGAAGCAGCUGUCGAUGGCUGCGAAGAGCCUGCAGGCAGGGAACAUCAUCGCCGUGCCGACGGACACCAUCUACGGCCUGGCGGGGCUGGCGCAGUCCACCGAGGCCGUGGAGCAGAUCUAUGCCAUCAAGGGCCGCAACACCAGCAAGCCCAUCGCCAUCAGCGUCGCAGAGGUCACCGACAUUCCAAGAUGGGCGCGGCUGACAGUCCCCAUGGAGCUGCUCCAGGACCUCCUGCCCGGCCCGGUAACCGUGGUGAUGCAGCGCACCGCCGCCCUCAACACCAACCUGAACCCGAACACGGACCUGGUGGGCAUCCGUGUGCCGCAGCACAAGUUUAUGAGACAGCUGGCAGAGACCUGCAUGGAGCCCAUCGCUCUCACCAGCGCUAACACCUCAGCUGCUGGGAAUACUAUCGACAUACAGGAGUUUGAGAACCUGUGGCCGCACCUGGACCUGGUCCUGGACGGGGGACGGCUGGAGACCACUCAGGCCGUCCGCGAGGGGUCAACAGUGGUGGACCUGUCUGUGGAGGGGCAGUUCAGAGUGCUGAGAGUCGGAUGUGCAUACAUGUCUACAGUUGACAUCCUGGCCAACAAGUACGACCUGACAGACAUCACAGAGUACGUCAUCCCCAACGGCGUCCACUGAGCAUGCUCAAACCCAGCCACAAACAAGCCACACACUCCUAACAUACAUCCUACUGGGCACGUGCAGACUUCGUAUAAGGGCGGUGACCAAAGGACGAAAUUAGCUCACAAACAAAAGAUGGGAAGAUUCCGAUUGAAUGACAGUAUUAGGGCGGCCGCUAGCCUUCACGCAAGUGUCUAAAAGCCACAGAACGUCCAUUCCAUGCCGUUCUGUCACCCACAGAAAGACGAUGCAACUCCAUAUACGCAAUAUCUACCCUCUACCCGGCUUCAGAAGUGGCUGGAAAGAGUUGAAAUUGGCCGAAUAGAGAGAUAAUAUGCCAGCGGAGUUGGAGGUGGCAAAUGUACUACUUAGGGUACUAACUCCCUUGGCAUGCUGUCUUGUCUAUUUGGUCAAUUUCUACUAUUUUCAGCCACUUCUGAAGCCUGGGCAAUAUUGGCUAGUCACACCCUUGACUAGUCGUGCUGACAAAUGUUACCGGUAUUCUGAAACCAACUUUCUGGAGCGUACCAUCUUUCUCAUUUGGGGGUGACAGGACUGGCCUCUAUAGGAAGGUUUAUGUAUUGAUUCCACAAAUAAUUUCCAAUGAUUUUCCUCUUCAAUAUCCACAAUGAGUUCAGCUAAGCCAAAGGGUAGUGACAAGACAAGGGAUAAUAUCACAAUUUUGCAGGCUAUUGAUAAUACGUUAAUAUGCAUUGUAAGAAGGCAGAGAAACCUUACAGAUGUGUCAGUAACAAGAGCCGUAGGCUAGACUAGAUAUUUUGAAAUGCUGGCAACAUCUUGGAGAUGAUCCCUUGCCUCAAUUUUCACUGGCACAGAUUUGUUCAAAAGCCCUUGCAGGGCUGCAAAGCAUCUUUUCCAUCACCACUUUGGUUGCUUCUUGAUGGUGGAAAAAAGUGUGAUGUUUCCAAACUUGAGAUAAGAGAGAAAGAAGUUUAUUUGUAGUAGUCAUUCCUAUAUUACUUACUUGUGUAGUACAUGUGGAAAGGUUAUACAUAUAUCAUGUUAUGAAGUGGAAUUUCUACACUGAGCCCUAGUGUUAGUAAUAAUGAUUGGUAAACUUGCUUAUAGGUAUGCUGAAAGAGUUCUUGCUUGAAGAUAACAUGCUGAUUUAAAGGCAGAAGAUAGAAUGA